UGUAGUGUUUUAAUGUCAAAGCGAGCGGAGACGAUUGUAUAGAUAGAUACCCUGUGGGCUACGCACUAUGGGGAAGACGGGCGGAUUCCUCUAUUGAAGUCCAGUAAGUGCGGCUGGGAAGGAUUUUCACCACAGCCCGGCAAGUGGGCGGGCUUUCCUACAAUGAAGGGCUGGCCUCUGUAAACAAAUGUCGCACUCGCGUCCCUAGCAACCACUGGCCCGCUCUUUUCUGCUACCACGGGGGCGUGUCUCUCCGCCUGGCAACAUUUUUCACACACUCAUUGGCCGAGGGACCCACCGGUCAUCUGACAUCAACACCCGAUUGGGCGGCACGUUCAAACCUUUGCAGUUCCGCCUUUUCCGCCACACAGCGCGCUGCCUGUCUGUGGGAAGGAUGACAUAAGAGGAAACAUUUUUAGCAAUGCAAGCUUCAGUUGUACCACGUUCCCCUAGUUCUCCAUUGCACAGUAUUUCUCUGCUAAGCAAGUCUUUUCCCCAACUUCCUAACCCACGAAGGAGAAGACAUGGGGGAAGAACCAGGGACCCCUGGAAUACAGCCAGCCUUACUGGUGACGAUUGGAGCUCUUACAGUCUGUCUUCAACUGCCAGUAACAUCCUACUUCGCUCACCCCUGGAUCCUGCCAGUGGAAUACCCACGCCAGAUGAUACCAUACACUCAUUGCCCUCGUGUGCACGAAGUUCCAGCAGAGCUGUGCUCACUAUCAGUCCCAAGACAACACAGAUUUUAAUGGCCAAUGAUAAAGCUUGCAGGCUUUUUGGAUAUAGCAGUCUCGAGUUAAUUGGAAUGAGUCUGUCCAGUCUGAUUCCUGCAUCCAGCCACAGGAUCUCAGAGGUUUUAGAGGAGGAGCUUACCGAAGCUGAUGGCAUUUCCCGGGUACCUGGAGAAGUGGUUGAAGCAGUGCGAAAUGGAGGUUCUGUGGUCAUGCUGCGAUUGUGGAUACGCAGAGUUCAGAGCCAAUGUAUUUUGUUCCUGGAGACCGCACAGACUAUUACAACUGUUCUUUCAUUUCAGCAAGAUGGGCGAAUUGUUUCCUGCGAUCUAUCCUGUGCACAGCUUUAUGGCUAUACAGACUCGGAGGAGGUUCUAGGGCAACACAUUACAGACUUGAUGCCAUCAGUUCAAGUUCCCAACCAUAAAAAAGAGAUGUCACAGAGCAUCCAGCACCAGAAUGUUGUGGGCAUGUCACGUGAUGGUGUCACGUUUCCUCUUAGUCUGACUCUGAUAGAAGACUUUGCUGAAGGUGUAUCUUCAGUUGAAGAAUACUAUGGCAGUAUAACUGUCCUGUCCUCUAUCAGUGGCCUGAUCACCCUUCUUCCUGAUGGAUCCAUCAAAGGCUUAAAUGGAACUUUGUCACGCUUUUUGUUUGGAUAUGACCGAACGCAGCUCCUGGGAAAGAAUAUUACCUUUCUUAUUCCUGGAUUUUACCAAUACAUACGAAGUGCUGAAGAAGAGUUGUCACUGCUGACACCACCUCAGGAUCUACGUGCUCCAGCCAGAUCAUGUGAGGUUCUCUACCGUAGUGUGCCUGCUGCAGAGACAUCUGUACAGAGAUGCAAAUCUGAUGAUCCUUUGGAAGGAGUUCAGCAUCCUGCUUGUCGUAUUGUAGUGAGCCCCUCAUCUCCUCAGUCUACAGGGACAGCUGUUGGGCCACACCAGUUUGCUUCCACAUCCUUUCCGGAUCAGUGCAGUCUGGGUAUGCCAGCAUGUUGCCUGUCUCCAGGGACUCCGACCCAGGAUGAACAGUGGGACAGAGAACCAGCAGUGAGGAAAUGCAUGCUACAUGACCUCCUUCCAGAGGUGGAUAUGGAACCUCUUACACACUGUUUGAAAGGCUUGAGCUUAACUGGAACUUACAAUCAGAAGAAAGCAAUGAAUGCAAAGUCGCUGAACCAUUCUCCAGAUGCCUGCCCUGGUUUGGAGCAUGACGGAAACAGCCCUUGUCAGCACUGCACCUCUAAGUCAAUAAACCCCCCACCUAAUCCUGCCCCAGUCACAGCCCAGGUGGCUCCAUUACUCAGCUGUUCUAGGUUUCCAUCAGUCACCCUUUCCAGAUGCACCAAGCCUUCUGAGAACUUGCAACAUGACACACCUUUACCAUCCAUAGAUGUUCCUGCAUCUAAUAAUUUCACUUGCACAGCCCAAGAUGUGACUUGUAACAAGCCUCUCAUUUCAAAUCCCCCAUUAUGUCACAGUAGCCCAGUAACCACUAAACAAUCAUCUUUAAAGAGAAACUGCUUUAAAAACGCAGACCAUCCACCACAAAAUUCAUCCCUUCCCUUAUCUACACCCUGUCCUGAGCACAGUGCUGAGGAUGUGUAUGACGAAAUUAUCCCAUCCACCAACACAGACACGUUGUAUUCUGCACUACAGAGCCCUCUAUGUACACAUCUCUCAGCGGACUCUCAACCAGAACAAAAUAUCGAUGGGUUAGACUUUGACUUACCCAACAGAUCUCCAGAGAGACCUUCAAGCCAUAAUGGAACAGCAAAGCCUACUAGAGAAGAAUAUUCCCAGGUUACUUCUACCCCUGUAAGGAAUGGAUCUUCCUGUUCCUUGGUGCUAAAGUCUGCAAACCACAGCCAUGAUCUUUUUAGAACGUCCUCCUUUAAUAAUGGUGAAAUUAAAGACGGAAACUUCAGUGGAUGCUGUCAUCACCAAGAUGGCUCCAGACUCUAUAUUCAGUUUGAAGUUCAUUCUGUCCGUUCGUCCGGAUUACCUUUAUUUAAUGUUUGGGUAACAAAGGAUUUGAUGCAGAGCCAGAGAGAAGCAAUAGCCAGGGCACAGCUUCUGCUCUCCAGUUUGGCGAGUUCAUCACAGUCUUUGCUGGAGCAGUCAGAGCGAAGCCUUGGAGAGCUGAUCCGCAGCAGUGCUGAAGCUGGACAUUGCACUGAGAUCCAGGAUCUUCAGACACUGGGGGCCUGUGAUGGCGAGUAUGACCAACAGUAUGAGACGCUCUUCCCUCUUGGAAAAGGAGCUUUUGGCUUUGUAUGGUCCGCUAAACACCGAGAGGAUGCAAAGGAGGUUGUAGUAAAAUUUAUUCGAAAAGAUCGAGUGCUCGAUGACUGUUGGGUGCAGGAUCCUGAACUCGGGAGAGUAACGCAGGAGAUUUCUAUUUUAUCCAGGUUACAGCACCCUAAUAUUAUCAGGGUUCUGGGGGUAUUUGAGAAUGACACGUUCUUUCAGCUAGUGAUGGAACUAUAUGGCGAUGCUCUUGACCUCUUUGACUUUAUCGACAAUCAGCCAAAUUUGGAUGAACCACUUGCCAGCUAUAUCUUUCGACAGUUGGUAUCGGCAGUGGGAUAUCUACACAGUCACUAUAUUUUGCAUCGUGACAUUAAGGAUGAGAACAUUAUAAUUGCCCCUGACUUCACUAUAAAACUGGUUGACUUUGGCUCUGCAGCUCGUUUACAGCCUGGAAAGUUGUUUUCUACCUUUUGUGGUACCACCGAAUACUGUGCACCCGAGGUGCUGCUUGGCAAUCCGUAUCCUGGUCCAGAGCUGGAAAUGUGGUCUCUAGGUGUAACGCUCUAUACCCUCAUUUUUGGGGAGAAUCCUUUUUGUGAAGUAGAAGAGAUCUUGGAGGCUGAAUUAAACCCUCCAUUUGCUGUAUCCCAAGAAUUGCAAGACCUGAUUUCCAGUCUUCUUAAUCGUGACCCUGAGAUGCGCAUGACUCUUGAUGAGCUCCUCAGAGACCUGUGGGUGACACAACCUGUAAACCUUGCUGAAUAUACCUGGGAGGAGGUGUAUCCAACUGCUAGCUCCCAGAAAGAUGAAGGAUUGGAACAGUUUCCUGUCAACUACAGCACUGAAUGGAAUGGAGAAUUUGGGAAUCGAAAAGACUGAUGAAGAUGACUUCAGGAGAUACAUUUGAUAUCCAGAAGAAGCCAUACUGUAGAUUGUAUUACUUUUAAAGCAUUAUAACACAACUAUACUCAGAUUUCACUGGAACACAAAUAACAGACAAGUUACAAGAAAAGCUGUCGCUUAAAACCCCAUGCGGUCAGGUCACUAAAUCACAUACCACAAUAUUAUCAAAUGGCCUCAAACUGAACAACUGGUGCUUCACAAUUUCAAGUUCAUAGCAGUUGGUCAUUGAAGAAAUAUUUAUGGUUGGAACGGAAUCCUCUGUGUUCAUCCAGUGCAAAAUGUCAUACACUGAAAUGAAAAAAGGUUGUGACUACACGGGAAACCAGCCUCCUUUUGUACGCUCAUAUUACUGUGCCAUACUGGUUUUGUGCCAAAAUAAUAUAGGCUGGCUGCUACCAUAGGAUGCAGUAGGUGCUGCCAUCUGUAUGUGGCAUUAUUACCAAUGUAACUUGCAGAGAAUAAGUUCAGUUUUAAUUUCUGCUGCUUUUACUUUAAGAGACUGAUGAUAAGAUACGAAAACUUGUAUAGCUGCAAUUACUAUAGUUUGAAAAGAUACACAUAUUUCCUAACGGAUGCCUUUUUACAUAAGCAUUCACCAUGGUACAUUCCUACCUGUUAGCUUUGCUGUAAAUGCCUGUUAAUAACAAAAAUCUGCUAGUGCCAACUAUAAUAUACAAUAAUAAUAAUAGCCAUUGUGCGUUUAGAUUGAGUAUUCCAUGCUGCGUUUCAUCUCCGUCAUGAUGAUGCACUGGCACAGCAUGGCUUUGCUGAGUGGGCACAGACAUUAUUUUGAAUAUUUGGUUUAAGGGAUCAGCUAAUGUGCAUAUAAGCAGCCCUUCCAGCUUUAGAAAUAUAUAAGUAAUAGGUUCUAUUGAGCAAAGAGCUUGAAAAAUGAUUUAUAUUGGAGAAAACUGCAUGCAGUUUUUUUAGUAGCUGAUAUAUGCUCAGUAAUAUUGUUUGCGCCCAUUUACUUCCUUGUGAUGUAUUAACGUGUGUUAUCUUGCACAUUAACAUGCGUUAAGGCAUCCUAUUGAAAUAAAUGGAAUUCCAAUGCAUCCUAAUAUGCCAAAAAUCAGACAUGACCCUUAUAUUUGUAACGAGCAUCAUGCAUUUCAGCAUGCUGCAAGGCAGGUUUGUUCCCUUAGUGUAUUGCGGUGCCAUUCAAAAGAAAACUGCACCAUGAUGCAUGCUACCUGCAUUAACGUGCGUGUUGGUACUACCUGCUUUACCACAACACAAGUCUAAGUGGGCCCUAAAGAAUCACUAAAACAAGCUUUACCUUGAAUAAAGAACACACUGCUUCCCUGGUUGUCAUACUAAUCCACUGGCUUUAUUACUUUCCCGAGUUAGACAUAGAACAUUGCAGUAUGACGUUUGUUGCAGCCUGAGAAAGCCAGACACCUAGCAUUUGCAGCUGAUCAUCAGCAAUGAAAGUGUACACAUUUUUCAAUACAGGUUCCCUUUAAAAAUCCUUUCAAAUCCUUUCAAAGUAUGCAUGUAGAAGUUUGCAUACCCUGCAGGAAUGUGGAAUACUUCUACUGCAUUAACAUUUGAUGUGCAGUGUGCUUUUCAUGUGAUGGUGACCAUACAUGCUUUGCAGAAUGUUAAGCCAGAUCUGCAUAUUUUUUUUAAAGAAAAUGUUGGAGCCUUUGAAUCACUAUGACAGCCAGAGAACUCCUAUUUUCUGAAGGGAAGAUCAGUAAUGUCAGCUUGCUGUAAUAAAAUUAACCUCUUAUGGGCAGGUUCAUCUUUGGCAACACAUUGAGGUCAGUGUAAUAGAAAUUACGUGAUUGUCACUCGGAAGUUAAUCUAAAGGCCGUGUGAUACUAGUGAUCUUGUCACUUACAGUAGGAUUCCUAAAGCCUUGUACACACAAUCCAACAGGAAUUGUGUGAUGACAGGC